CAUGUACAUGCUUAGAGCUGAUUUUGACGUUAACGAACACCUUCAGGCGUAGUGAGACGUGUCUUGUGUGCGGACUAAUGAGCAGCAGCAGGCUGCAGCCGCAUGCUUGGAAAGUCACAUUCUCUAAAGUUCCUGUGGCUGCGGGAAGGAUGCAGUGUUUUCCCGGCGAUGCCACCUGCCAAGCCGCGGAGAGGAAAUGAGAGUUUGCUGCAACUUGUGAUGCUGACCAGGCUGACCUGUACAGCAGACAAUAGCUGAUCAGCUUCCCUGGGUUUCGCUGACGUCCUCACUUUGUUCUGCCUGAAGAUGGAAACGCUGGAGUCGGAGCUGACCUGCCCAAUCUGUCUGGAGCUCUUUGAGGACCCGCUGCUCUUGCCCUGCGCCCACAGCCUUUGUUUCAACUGUGCUCAUCGUAUCCUGGUGUCACACUGCACGCCCAGCGAGCCAAUUCAGUCCAUCAGCGCCUUCCAGUGUCCGACCUGUCGCUAUGUCAUCACCCUCAACCAGAGGGGCCUAGAGGGACUGAAGCGCAACGUUACAUUGCAGAACAUCAUCGACCGCUACCAGAAAGCUUCUCUGAGCGGACCAAAUUCCCCUAACGAGACUCGGCGCGAGCGAGCCGCCCCCGACAGCAAAGCCAUGACUUCUCCCGGCGACCGAGUGCAGUGCCAGUUCUGCGAGCAGGACCCUCCGCAGGACGCUGUGAAGACCUGCGUCACCUGUGAGGUCUCGUAUUGUGAUGAGUGUCUCAAGGCCACACACCCCAACAAGAAGCCUUUCACGGGCCACCGUCUAAUCGAGCCCCUGCUGGACUCCCAUCUGCGAGGGCUCAUGUGUCUGGAGCAUGAGGAUGAAAAGGUCAACAUGUACUGUGUGACGGAUGAACAGUUGAUCUGUGCAUUGUGUAAGCUGGUUGGCCGACAUCGGGACCACCACGUGGCUGCCCUCAGUGACCGCUUCGACAAACUCAAGCACGCUUUGGAUUCCAACCUCAGCAGUCUAAUCAAGAGGACCAGUGAGUUGGAAAGUCUGAUGGGCAAACUUAUCCAAACCUGCCAACACGUGGAGGUAAAUGCAACACGACAAGAAAACAAGCUGCUGGAGGAGUGUGACCAGCUGAUUAAUAUCAUACAGCAGCGGAGACAAAUCAUAGCUACCAAGAUAAAGGAGGGAAAGUCUGUGCGGCUGAGGAAACUCGCCCAGCAGAUAGGCAGCUGCAAGCAGUGCAUCGAGAGGUCCUCGUCCCUCAUCACUCAGGCCGACCAAACUCUCAAAGAGAGCGACCACGCUCGCUUCCUCCAAACGGCUAAAAGCACCUGCGAGAGAGUUUCUAUGGCAACUGCUUCCUCUCAAAUCCUGUUACCUGAAAUUAACCUGAACGACACCUUUGAUACGUUCGCUCUGGACUUCACAAGGGAGAAGAAGAUGCUAGAAACCUUGGAUUACCUCACAGCACCAAAUCCACCAGUAAUCCGCGAGGAGCUAUGUACAGCUUCGUACGACACGAUCACAGUUCACUGGACAUCAGACGACGAAUUUUCUGUUGUAUCGUAUGAACUUCAGUACGCCAUCUUCACCAGCCAAUCUAAUGUUGUCAGUUUGUGUAACUCUGCUGACAGCUGGAUGAUUGUACCAAACAUCAAGCAAAAUCACUACACAGUGCAUGGACUCCAGUGUGGCACCAAGUACAUUUUCAUUGUGAAGGCUAUAAACCAGGCUGGAAACCGCAGCAGUGAACCAGGGAAACUCAAGACAAACAGUCAACCGUUCAAGUUGGACCCAAAGUCAGCUCACCGAAAGCUGAGGGUUUCCCAUGACAACCUGACGGUGGAGAGGGACGAGACGUCAUCCAAGAAGAGUCACAGCCAGGAUCGCUUCUCCAGCCACAGCAGCUACGGUGUCACAGGAAAUGUCUACAUCGACAGUGGACGUCAUUACUGGGAAGCUCUGAUAGGAGGAAGCACAUGGUUUGCAGUGGGCAUUGCGUACAAGUCUGCACCAAAACAUGAGUGGGUCGGCAAGAACUCUGCCUCCUGGGUGCUGUCUCGGUGCAACAACUCGUGGGUGGUGCGUCACAACUGUAAGGAGAUGCCCAUCGAGCCUUCACCCCACCUGCGUCGUCUCGGGGUGCUGUUGGACUAUGACUCUGGAUCUCUGUCUUUUUACGAUGCCGUCAGCUCCCAGCACUUGCACACAUUUGAUAUUGCCUUCGCUCAGCCCGUCUGCCCCGUGUUCAACGUGUGGAACAGGUGUCUAACAGUCCUCACUGGACUGCCCAUCCCUGAUCACUUAGAGGGGACAGACUACAACAACUAACAAAACCUGUCCGACUGGAUUUUCUUUGUGUACCCAAAAAGAGACCAGACUGCCUGCACCUCACCAACUGUGAUGCCGACAUACUGUUGACACAAUAAAAACAGCAUCCAGACGAAAUGCAAUUAAUAGCCCAGGUGUACAUUCCUAAUCAUGCCUUUGUUGAAAUUAAUGUGGAUUAUUUAAGAAAUGAUUUACAAGCAUAUGUAGAUGUAUUUCUUUGCUUUGCACAUGUAUGUACAUUACACUGCUGGAUGGUUUAAGGGUUUGCUUACAGUUUAAAAACUAAUUUUCAGAUUUCAGAUUUUUUCAUUUCUAAAGUCAUUACACACUUUUCAGUUCAUGCGUUGUUAAGGUGAUCAUAACCCUUUAAGUGCAAGCGGACUCUUGACUCUAAUGUUUCUGGAAGGUUGUAUUAUUGGUUAUUUUAAAUGUAAUGUUAAAAUAUUGUUUAAGGCAUAGCACUUUGAUAAGUUGUCACUAUAAAAUGCCACUUUUACCAUAUUGCAAGAAUUAUCUUUGUCAUUGUUCUGCAAGGAAAAAGCACUUAAAUAGAUCACUUAACAAAAAUUAACAACAUCAGUCAGUUCAACAAUUUUCAAAUAUUUAUUAUCUGUAAAUGCACAAGUACAGUUCAGCAGAAUGAGAUCAUUCAUCACAAUUUCCACGCUGAGUUUCUGUCUGACAGGAUGUAAUAAAAGUGACUUC